CAGAGGAAGACAGUGUCUUUGAUGAAUCAGACAUUCAUGAUACACCCACUGGAACAGGCAAUAAAGACUCACAAACGUUCUUCGCAAGGUUGAAAAGAAUUGGAGGCAGCAAAGUGGUGAAAUAUCAGCCAGUUGAGAUGAAUGCUCAAAGAAGUGAAAUAGAACUGGCUGAAUAUAGAGAAACGGGCAUAUUGCAAGACAAUAUUCUGCGCUGUAUGAGAGAAGAAAGCAUUCAGAAAAGGAAACUGCGCUCUCUAAAACAAAAAUCUCUUGACAUAGGAAAUGCAGACUCCCUGUUGUUUACAUUAGACGAGCACCGUCGGAAAUCAUGCAUAGACCACUGUGACUUAGAAAAGCCACCUGCCGCUUCCACUUACACCACACUGAGGCAGAAUGAUUAUGGACAACCACAGCAAAACUCUUCUACCAAAACAGAAGAACAAGACACAGGAGAGAGGGAAAAUAUUCCAGUUGUCCCGGGAAGAAGUCAAACAAGGCGACGACCUAUUAUACCAGAAGUCAGGUUAAACUGCAUGGAGCCAUAUGAAGUGACCAUAGAUUCACCAGCUAAAACUUCUCCUCUAAAGGAGGACUUAGAUCUCAUAGAUCUGUCGUCUGAUUCAACGUCAGGGCCCGAAAAGCAGUCUGUUGUUUCCAAUUCAGACAGCGACUCCUUAGUUUUUGAGACCCUCCCUCCUCUUAGAAUAGUGGAAAGUGAUGAGGAAGAGACUGAUCUCACAAGUCAGUUGCAUGACGUUGACUCUAGGAUGACCCUUGCCUCCUCGCCAUCAAGUCCUACCAGCGUUUCUAUCCUCAGUCUUAGCAUUACGCCCCUGGUGCAAUUCAGCAUUGAAGACUGUUCCAAGGUUGUAACCCCUUGUGAAGUGAGUCAUUUUGUAUCAUUUGCACAAGACAAAACUCCCCCAACUACCCCUGAAAGUCAAAAGGGUGUUGAUGAGCUCGCUAAGCCGGAAGAUGUCCAAGGGAUAUCCCCUGGCAGCCCCCUGACACUAAAGCAAAAACGGGACUUGCUUCAAAAAUCAUUUGCUCUCUCGGAGAUGUCCAUUGAGGAUAACUCUGAAUUAUGCAUAGAAGAUAUUAAGCCUGUUGGAUCCUUUCCGAGUUCAACUGGGAAAACGGUCUUUAUUACGCUCCCUGAGGACUCCGAUAGCCAAGCUGAAAGUCAAAAGCCUGAUGCCAGUGCAGAAUCUGAUACAGAACAAAGUACAGAACCAAAGCAAGAGGAAGAAGCUGAAGAGUCAGAAUUUAAAAUCCAGAUUGUUCCUAGACAGAGGAAGCAGAGGAAGAUUGCCGUGAGUGCCAUCCAGAGAGAAUACCUGGACAUUUCCUUCAACAUCUUGGAUAAGCUGGGAGAACAGAAAGAGACAGAUGUAUCAACUAAAGUACUUUCAACCUUAGAAAUGCCAAGGGAGUCAUCUUCUGCUCCUACACUUGAAGCAGGUGUACCAGAGAUAAGUAGCCACUCUUCCAUGUCAACUCAGUACCGACAGAUGAAAAGAGGUUCUUUGGGAGCACUGACCAUGAAUCAGUUGAUGAAGAGGCAGCUGGAACAUCAAUCUAGUGCUCCUCAUAAUAUUAGCACAUGGGACACUGAACAGAUACAGCAUGGGAAGAGACCAUGUAAUGUCUCGGUCUGCCUCAACCCUGACCUAGAGGGACAACCACUAAGAAUAAGAGGUGCCACAAAAUCAAGCUUGCUGUCAGCACCUAGCAUCGUUAGUAUGUUUGUACCAGCACCAGAAGAUUUUAUUGAUGAUCAACCAACCAUGAUGACAGACAAAUGCCACGACUGUGGAGCCAUCCUGGAGGAGUAUGAUGAAGAAACACUGGGUCUAGCCAUAGUUGUCCUCUCCACAUUCAUUCAUCUCAGCCCAGAUUUGGCUGCUCCUUUGUUGCUGGAUAUUAUGCAAUCUGUAGGAAGGUUGGCUUCAAGUACCAAUUUUUCUAAUCAAGCAGAAAGUAUGAUGAUUCCAGGAAACGCUGCAGGUGUGGCAAAGCAGUUUCUGCGUUGCAUUUUCCAUCAGCUUGCUCCCAAUGGUAUAUUUCCACAGCUGUUUCAGAGCAACAUCAAGGAUGGAAACUUUUUACGAACCUUGGCCACCUCUCUUAUGGAUUUCAGUGAGCUGAGUUCUAUAGCUGCAUUGAGCCAACUCUUAGAGGGUUUAAACAACAAAAAGAAUUUGCCAGCAGGAGGUGGAAUGUUACGCUGCUUGGAAAACAUUGCUACAUUUAUGGAAGCUUUGCCAAUGGAUUCCCCAAGCAACCUUUGGACUACAAUCAGCAACCAGUUUCAAACUUUCUUUACCAAACUACCAUGUGUUUUGCCCCUUAAGUGUUCACUGGAUUCCAGUGUAAGGAUAAUGAUCUGUUUGCUGAAGAUUCCCACCAGUAGUGCUGCCAGGAGCCUGCUGGAGCCAUUUUCAAAAUUGCUGAGCUUUGUCAUUCAGAAUGCCAUCUUUACCCUGGCUUAUUUGAUUGAACUGUGUGGCUUAUGUCACCGAGCUUUCACAAAGGAAAGGGAUAAGUUCUACUUAUCCCGCAGUGUCAUCUUAGAGUUACUGCAAGCUUUGAAGUUAAAGUCGCCUUUGCCAGACACCAAUCUGCUGCUCUUGGUCCAGUUUGUUUGCGCAGAUGCUGGGACAAAGCUGGCCGAAUCAAUGAUCUUAAACAAGCAAAUGAUUGCUUCUCUCCCUGGAUGUGGAACAGCAGCAAUGGAAUGCAUGAGGCAGUACGUUGGUGAAGUUUUGGAUUUUAUUGCUGACAUGCAUACUUUAACCAAAUUAAAGAGUCACAUGAAAACGUGUUCCCAGCCAUUGCAUGAGGAUACCUUUGGCGGACAUCUCAAAGUGGGCUUAGCACAGAUUGCUGCAAUGGAAAUCUCACGGGGCAAUCACCGGGAUAACAAGGCUGUGGUCCGUUACUUGCCUUGGCUGUAUCAUCCUCCAUCUGCAAUGCAACAAGGGCCCAAAGAAUUCAUUGAAUGUGUGUCUCAUAUUCGACUACUCUCUUGGCUACUGUUGGGGUCUCUGACACAUAAUGUUGUCUGUCCGAAUUCCCCUUCAGCUUGUAUGCCCAUUCCAUUUGAUGCAGGUUCCCAUGUUGCCGAUCAUUUAAUUGUCAUCCUGAUUGGGUUUCCAGAGCAAUCCAAGACAUCUGUCUUGCAUAUGUGUUCUCUCUUCCAUGCCUUUAUAUUUGCUCAGCUGUGGACAGUAUAUUGUGAACAAGCGGCAGUUGCUCCCACAGUCCAAAAUCAAAAUGAAUUUAGUUUUACAGCAAUCCUCACAGCCCUGGAAUUUUGGAGCCGAGUAACACCAAGCAUCCUCCAGCUGAUGGCACAUAACAAGGUGAUGGUAGAAAUGGUGUGUCUCCAUGUGAUCAGUUUAAUGGAGGCUUUGCAAGAAUGUAAUUCCACUAUUUUUGUCAAGCUCAUCCCAAUGUGGCUACCAAUGAUUCAAUCCAAUCUAAAGCAUUUAUCUGCUGGCCUCCAGCUCCGCCUGCAAGCUAUUCAGAACAACGUGAACCAUCAUAGCCUUAGAAUGUUACAGGGAUCCGUUCAGAUCAACACCAACACCUCUGUCCUUCGCAAGUGGCUGCAGUGUACACAGUUCAAAAUGGCUCAAGUGGAAAUCCAGUCAUCCGAAGCAGCAUCUCAGUUUUAUCCUUUAUGAGUUGGGUGGAAUGUUCUGUGAACCUGUUGGUCUAGCAAUAAUAGGGCUAAAGCUGUAAGACAAUGGCCAUCUUUAGAAACCAUACAACAGUACUGUAGCCCCGUUUCGGUUUUGUUCUUGUAGAGAGAAAGAAGUGACGUGGCUAAAGAGAGUGGGCUGCCUGCGUCCCUCUGUAACCAAAAGCAUGUUUUGGCUGAUGCAUAACAUUUACAGGAAUAUUCUGUGAAAUGAAGGGUUUGCUAACUGAGGCCUGAGUCAAUGCAUAUAGCUACGGUAGCUCUUUAAAUAUAUGCAUUUAAAAAUAUUCGUUUACAAAGGAAAAUGAUUAGUUUCGCCCCUAGGAUUUAUACGCACAUAUGCACAGGGCAUGUAUGCCCACACACACACAAAGUGGUGUGAAUUUUCACAUACCUACGUAUGCUGCUGUGUUUUUUUUUAACAUUAUGAUAAAGUCAGCUGCAUUUUCGUUGUCUUCAUAGUUAAACUUGGUAAUGCAAUAAAUCAGCCAUCUCCAACCUCAUGCCCUCCACAUGCUUUGGACUACAAAUGAGUGUGGAUACGAUGGGUUAGGAUGAUGCGAGCUGUAGCCCAACACAUCUGGAGACCACCAGAUUGAGGAUGCCCAAACUUUUUUUCAUUAUAAAAUAGUGACCUUGCAAUUUCCCAGGAUUUCCUAUCCAUUUUUCCCUGCAAUUUCUAUCAGCAACUUGCAAGCAUGGCCUGUGCCAAAAGAAAAGGAAAAGGAAAAAUAACAGGAAAGGAAAGGAAAGAAAACCUUCCAGAUUAAACACUCAUUACCCCUCCCUUCAUGUUAUGCACCUCUUGGAUAACAGGUACCCAUUGCAAACUUGGGUAGGAGAGACAUCAUUCUGGGGCCAAUGCUGGCAUUUUGCCCAGGGGAACGAGACAUCCAAAGCCAAUUCUGCUUACUUACAAAGUGCACUUAGAAAUUAGGUGGGUAAACUGUGCCAGUUCACUUGUCUUUUUUAAAAAAGAACUACUGAGUAAGUUUAAGAACUUUAACUUGGUUUCAUUGCCAGUAUUUUUCUUGCAAUUCUUAGAAACUCUCUGCAUACUACUACCUGUAUGAUAUAUGCUAUUUCUUCUUAUAUACUUGUACACACUGAGAUUUGAAAUCGGUCCCAUUCAUGGGGAUGCCAGAGAGAAUAUGGAUGCUUCACUCUUCCCUGAGGGAGAUGUUUCAAGUUAUCAAUUUACAUACAGUAAAUAGAAAAUAUAUAGAACUACUGCAUAAAAAAACCCAAUGUUAAAUAUUUUUUAAAAGUGAAUUUUAAUAGCAUUGAGAGAGACUGAUCCACUGAGAUGUAUAGCAGAGCCAUUGGUUGCAGUGGACUCUGGAUCAGUAUCUUUACCUAGCAGAACCUCUUGUAAUUAAAACUUUUUGUGUGUAUACAUAACUGAAAUAUAUUGUAUUUAUUGCUGUAAUCUAUUG